CCGUGCAUAUCACAUGCAGAGUGAGCAGCAAAGUCUCUGCAUCCAGCAUUUUCACCUGUUAAGUACAUGGAUAGCGGGGGAGCCAACUCUUGCAUUAUAUUGCGCUCAAAAUGCAUUUGAACAUCUCGCGAUAACAUAUUAGCCCAUUUCCUUCUCAUCAAUUUCACGGUGAACCACAUCAUUCGUACAACGGAUUCCAUUCGCCUCGCUGGCUGCAACAACUAUUACCACACAACUCCGACAACAUCGCAAAUUAAUAUUUUCGCAUUCCAGAUCGAAUUGAUAGAAACAGACGGAGGGACACAUGGACACAUUUUGCAUUUCAGUGAAAACGACCUCCGUUUUUCUCCGGCAUCCUCACCCUUGUCUCAAAAGCGGAUUGCACGCUUAUUUCUGUUCAUCGUCGCCUUCCUUCAACUUGUCCGUCUUUCUUUGUGGCCUUGAUCCUUUCAGUAUUGGCUUUGUUCGUUGAAAUCAGCUGCACGUCUCCGCCACUGAGAAGUAAGUAAAUUGAAAAGAAUUCAAAUUUUCCCGAGAACAAUCGCCGUGAAUACGUUUCAAGACAGAGGAGAUGACCGUAUUCUCACAGGAUUCCGGCUGGUCUGCGGUCCCUAAACAAGACCCGGGAGCCAACGGGGAUGCAGUCAAGACCAAAGGGGAAGACCCGGAGCAGCUGAAAAGCAGAGGCACUUGGACUGGGAAACUGGAUUUUGUGCUCGCUCUUAUUGGUUUCUCUGUCGGAUUAGGAAACGUCUGGAGAUUUCCAUAUCUCUGCUAUAAAAAUGGAGGAGGUGCUUUCCUGAUCCCGUAUUUUAUUUGUCUGUUUAUUGGAGGGAUACCUCUCCUGAUCCUUGAGAUUGGUCUUGGUCAGUACACCAACCAAGGCGGUAUAACAGCAUGGAAUAUCAGUCCUAUAUUCAAAGGCAUUGGUCUGGCCAGUGUGGUCAUCCUUCUGUUCCUGAACACCUACUACAUCAUCAUCAUGGCCUGGUCGUUCUACUACAUGUUCAUGUCCUUCACUUCCGUACUACCCUGGUCCCACUGCGACAACGUAUGGAACACGCCCUGCUGCUUCGUUCCCGAAGCCGUCAACCAGACCAGUGACGUGACGACCCAACUCAUGACCACUGCCGACGGUGGGAUGUUGCAGAAUGUGACAGAGUGCGCCAAUGAAACGCUCAGGACAACUGCCACUGUGGAGUUCUGGGAACGCAAGGUGCUUCAGAUCCACUUAUCCGAUGGUGUCCAUGAUCUAGGUGGGAUGAACUGGCAGCUCAUGCUUUGUUUGAUUCUCUCCUGGCUCCUCAUCUACCUGUGCAUCUGUAAAGGAGUCAAGAGUUCGGGAAAGGUCGUGUACUUCACUGCCACCUUCCCUUACGUCUUGCUCACCAUUCUGAUGAUUCGGGCGGUGACGUUACCGGAUGCCAUCAAUGGUAUUUACUUCUACUUGAACCCAAACAUUUCAAGGCUUGCCGACAGUCAGGUUUGGAUGGAUGCUGCAACCCAGAUUUUCUUCUCCUACUCAAUUGGUCUCGGCACAAUGGCUGCUCUUGGCAGUUAUAAUAAAUUUAAUGUCAAUUUCGUCAGGGAUGCAGUCAUUUUCGCCUGUACAAACAGUGGCACAAGUCUGUACUCUGGUUUUGUGAUUUUCUCCGUUUUGGGCUUCAUGGCUGGCAGGCAGGGGGUUGAAGUUGCAGACGUAGCAACGUCAGGUCCAGGGUUGGUGUUUAUCGCCUAUCCAGAGGGUAUAUCCCAGAUGCCCAUCGCGCCACUUUGGGCUUUCCUCUUCUUCUUCAUGCUCAUCAUCCUGGGCAUUGAUAGUCAGUUUGUUGGUGUUGAAGGCUUCGUGACUGCGUUCAUUGAUCUCUUCCCUAACUACUUGCUGAAAGGAAGCAGGAGAGAGUACUUUGCAUUCUUCACAUGCCUCGGCUUCUGUAUAGCAGGUUUACCUAUGGUUACAUAUGGAGGAAUGUAUGUAUUCCAGCUGUUUGACAACUAUUCAGCCAGCGGCGCUGCACUUCUCUUUGUAUCCUUCUUUGAAAGUGUUGCUAUAGGAUGGGUCUACGGUGCUGACAGGUUCAUAGGGAACUUCAAAACAAUGCAUGACUUCAGAGCUUUAUUUUGCUGUGGGCAAUAUCUGAGGCUAACCUGGAUGAUAACCACUCCAUGCUUUGCUAUGGCUAUUUUCAUCUUCAGUCUGGUGGAAUACAAACCUCUGAAGUACAAUGAUGUUUACGUGUACCCCUGGUGGGGAUACAUGAUUGGCUGGAUGAUGUCACUUUCAUCCAUGAUCUGCCCUCCGACUUACUUCUGCUAUCAACUCAUCUUCAACAGCAAGGGUUCUCUCAAAGAGCGCUGGACGAUGUUGACCACUCCCAGGCUGACCCACCUGAGGAGCAACGAUGAGGUCGUUGAGGAGGUGCCAGACCUGGAGAUGAUCAAGGUGGAUGCGCACGGUGAGAACGGAACCAGCUUUCCACCUUCCUAUGACGAGGUCACAGAGAACAAUGGCAAUGCCAACAUGCAAGAUGUGAACCUCAAUGUAUAAGACACCUUGUAAAACCAUUUCAAUGUUUAAAGAUGGUGGGGUGGGAGAUGUACCUGAAUAAUGGAGUAACUUUUAGAAAUACACCUGAUAGCAGGUUCUUCUGAUAGUGCGUGCAAUCAAUCCUCUGCAAGUCCAGGUGGACAACAGAUGGGUCUUACAAAAUGCUCAAAGUCUGUAAAACUUAAACAUUUAAAAACAUGCCUCCCCCCCCCCCCCCCAACCUGGCACCACAGUUUACAAUGUAAAUGCAUCCAAUGACUUUAAAAAUGCCCCUUAUAUGACUAAGGGCAAUUCUCAAAAUGGUUUUAAUCCAAAGCAAAUCUGAACUUUCUUUGAAUAAUCAAAUGGAAUGAUGGUUUAGGAGGGGCCGCCAUUGUUUCUAUAUCUCUAUAUGCAGUAUCAUAGAUGUAAAUGCAUGAAUAGUCUGGUCUAAAUGAACCACAAGAUAAUGCCCCCAGGAACUCCCCCUCGUCGGUUUAAGUUUGAAGAAGAUAUAGAGAAGUGUCAUAUAAUUCAAGAAUAAGAACAGGUUGUGCUUUGCUCAGGCAGGGAUAAAGGUACCUAUUGAUUAUUAAUUAUGCAAGCAGAGCUUCCGUAGUAUGUAGUAUAUACUGUAAAGUAUGUGAUUGUUAUAAUAAUGGCAGUACUUUUACUGAAGAUUCUGUAGAAAAACUGAAGUAGGAUCCUGUUCAGUAUUUAAAUUUUAUUGAAAUGGGAGAAAUUUUGGAGAUACAUUAUAGACAUCAAUCGCAGUCAAUUAUUCCAUACUUUUAGAAGGGAGGGAUCUUUUAUUAGUUUAGCAACUCUCCCCAUUUUAAAAUUUUGAAGUAAUCAAAGCAAUUAAAUGGCAAUGAAAAGUAUGUACAUUUUUUUCUCAAUAUUUGCUAAUAUUAUCCCCUUGUACAGGGAAGUGAACUGUACUAGCAGACUUUUAUGUACUGAUCAAUUUGCUACUUUUAUUUGUUAAAGUACUACAGGGUACUCUCAGAAUCUUCUUUGGGAAAUGUUGAACCAGUUGACUGCCGAAAUCUCUCUUUCCCAUACGCCUCAUAGAGGAAACUACCCGUUUCCCAUAGGCAAAGGGUUUAAUGGGAGGGAUCAUAAUUUGUACAGGAACAGAUUCCUGAAUAUUUAUAGAAUGAAGCAACUCUGGCAGAUUCUGCCUGUAAUUAAAUGAUUGAUGAGGUUGAUCUUUCUUGUCAAAAUAUAUGGAAAUCGAUCGGAAAUGCAGUUUUAAAAACGGGAAUGUGGUAAUAUUAAUACACGUAAUGUGGAAAUUAUACAUUGAAUAUGGAUGAGGAGGUUACCCAGUAGGUCACAAGCACACUGCAUCUGAAGAAAGGAUGAUAUGCAGUGCAAUUUUAAGACAACUCAAUGAACUCAUUGCUGUGUAUAAAUGAAAUAAAUCAUGUAAUAUGAUCGUUUCUGAUGAUUUCUGAAAUGGCAAAUAAGUUGUGUAUUUUUUGUAUAUAUUUGAUGGUUGUAUACUUUAGAUUUAUAAUAAGAGACAUGUCAUUGUAUUAUGGUUUCUCGUGAUGUCUUGUGAAACCGGCUUUUAGACAUUUCUGUUAAUCUGAUAGUCGUAAGUAAGGGUGUAAGAAGUAUUUGUACAAACUUUUAUCUUUAAAUAUCAUCAUGGAGUCAAUUUUUUAGGUCUUUUAAAAGAUACAUGCAUUUACAAUAUUGUAAUUACUUUUAAAGAUUUUUAAUGAUUUACAAUAAUAAUGUUCACUAACUAGGUUGUUGUCAGUAACCACAUAUAUGACUAAAGCAGGCACGAUUUAUGUUGAGCAUGUUCAGUAGUACAAAACAUAUCAUGAAUGUGUACCUUUUUGAAUUGGUAAGGUUGCAACAGAUUUGAAUAUAAGUGUAUUUUCAUAGAAUUGUCAUGUUUUGGAGGCUGUUAAGAAUAUUAUGAAGACUUUACCUCAUUCCAGAUUACUUAUAAGGAGGAAUCCCCAAAACCAUUGUGAUACAUGUCAAUACUUUCACUUUUCUCUAUUCUUUACGAUCUAAUUCUUCCUCGUUAAAGAAAGAACCAAAGAAAUUAAAACACUCCACCUCUUAUUUUUUCACUAUAGGUGAAAGAGAAACAGAGAUAAUGUGUGAAAUGAUCUGUGGCUUGAGUGCUCUUUGUUCAGCACAAACACCUAGUACAUAUAUACCUCCCCAGGAUCGAUUAUUCGAAGCAAUCUCACUGCCUUGAGAUACUGUGUAGGUUGUCUUUACUUCUUUCAAACGCUAAGCCAUCCAAUUUUCUCACUAGUUCAAAACAUGAGCCACAAAACUUUCCAAUAUCAAAGUACUUCUUUUACACCUUCACUUUUGCUUACAAGGCUCAACGCUAUGGGGUGGGG